AUGUCAUUUAUUCAAGAGCUUGUACGUGAAUUACAAGCAGAUCUUGAUGCUUUGUGUAUUUCACCUUUUAGUAAUUUCGAAGCAUCAUAUAAACAAAUAAGACAACCAGAGAAACCAGAAACUACAAAAAUUAAAACUACUGUUACCCCAUCUAUAAAUACUACAAACAAUGAUAAAAGUAAUAACUUAAAUCCUGUUGAAAUUUACAAUGAAUAUUCUGAAUUUUUAAAAAAAUCAAUUUACAGUAUGCAACUAGAAGAAGGAAAAAUUCCAAAAAGCUUAUUUAUUGCAAAAAUUACAAUAGUUGUAUAUGCUAUUGUAGUCGAACAUUUGUUAAUGGCUACUUUACCAUUAUUAGAUGAUAUUUAUUAUUGGGAAGAAUUGGAAGGAAGCAGACUUUGGACUUUUUAUCACCUAAUCCAAACCAUUCCAAUACGUACAUAUUUUUUUUCCAAUGCAAUCUACAAAUAUAUAAUAACACGUAAUAAACCAAAUAUUCAUAACAAUGCUAACAUAAACACUGCUAAUAAUCAAUUGAAAAAAUAUUUUUCAAUUGGACACACGAUGAUCAACAUGUUUCCAACAUACACUCACUCACGUUUCUCUGACCCACAAUCAUUUUCUUUUCCGUUGGCAAUUCGAUACGAAGUUCAUUAUAAGAAAUCCGUACUUAGAUCACUAAUGAAGCAUCAAGCAAAAUGCCUCGGUUUCCUAGUUACUGAAUUGAACUUCAAGUUUCCAAUUGAUUCAGCAGAUCAACUUGGUGGCAAUUUCAAAUCUAAUAUUGCUGAGCGUGUUAAUAACUUUGUUAUGCUAAUUGAGAAAGUUUUAAAUCAUUUAAUUAAUAAUGAUGAUUUUGAUGUUGAGAAUGGAAUUAUACCAGAUAUUGAUUUUGAAAAAUUGAAAUUAGAGGUUAAGUCAAUGCAUACUUUAGAAAAAGAAAAUCAAGGACUUGAUGAUCUUUCUUCUCGAUUACAAUCAAUUAUUACAACACAUCUUCCAAGUUAUGUAAAACAAUGCAAUCGAAUCACAUCCAUAUAUGGUAAUCCAUCAUUUCUGACUAGAUGGUGGCUACCAGUCACAAUUUCGUCUGUUAUUGCAUAUAAAAAUAGAAAAUACAUCUAUAGGGAUAAUUUGAUGAAAUUAUUUGAUAAUGUAAAAAUUACAGCAAUCAAUUUUUUUGGUGAUUGGAUAUGGGAUCCAAUAGUACAUAUGAUGGACACAAUAAGACAUCGAGAAAAUAGAUUAGCACUUAUGGAAGAUCUUAUUGGGGUAUCAAAUAAAAUACGAGAAGGUGAUUUAUCAGUUGUUCUAAUGGCUUAUGAACAAGAACUAAAGAAACCUUUUAAAUCUACAAUAACAGGAAACCUUAUCAGAACAUUGUUAAUUCAAGUACAAAAAACAAAAGUGGAUUUAGAAUUAGCCAUGGCAGCUUUAGAUAAAUUAUUGAAAUCAAAUGAAUUGAAUUUUGCUUUUUUAGCAGUUGGUCCGAGUCUUUUUGUUGUUUAUUUAUUGUGUAGUUGGAUGGAAAGAAUUUGGUGGAAUAAAAAUAAUUGGGUUGGUAAACUUCAGGGAACAAAUGCUCAAAUGAGAGAAUCUUUACGGUAUGGCUCUCAAUUAGCAUAUAUGGGCAAACAAGCUGAACGAAUACUUGUUAAGAAUUACAAUUCAACAAAAUUAACUUAUACAGCACAUGGACUUUUGCUUUGUCACGUUCAUCAUCUUAGAAUCUAUUCAAGUUAUUUGCCAUCCAAAAAUAGUUUGCAAACUCGAUUUCUCAAUGAUCUUCGUGAUUUGGAUAAUCCUAGUUUUAGUGUGCAACAAAAAAUAUUAACUUGUGAAAGAAUGUGGAGAUUUUGGGGAUUUUUAAAAUAA